GAGCCAUCUGGUAUGGAGUCAAAUUCUUCCAUGGCCCCGAUGUCUUCUCCUUCGCUUUCUCCUGCGCUCCCUGCUGCACCAUCAUCAUCGUCAUCAUCUCCAUUGGCAUUAAGCAAAAGCGGCGAAAAGCGCAAUCCAUGAAAGCGAUGGCACUCGGACCAACAACCAACUAAUUACCCGAGCCACGGCUUGGGCCUGCGUUCUUCAACCCCACCGCCUAUUCAUUGAAUCGGUCCCACUUAUCGAUGACAAAGGGAUCCUAAAUAAGGAAACAAGGCCUCCACACAUUCCAAUGAUCAACGCCCGCCCCUCAUUUAUCUGUGCAAACACUGCACCUGCAUCUCCGUAUAUGCCUACAAUAUUUCCUUGCCCUCUCUCGCCCCCAUACCCUCAUCCUUAAACGUUUUCAUCGUCAUCAUCUUGGCGCUUUUGUUAAUUCAUCAUUUUUUCUGGGUCUGAAGCCCGUUUGUGUCUUUGGUGUUGUUUUGGAUCUGGGUGCUUAAAACUUUCUGAGUUUUUUUUCUUUUUGACUGAUUCGUUUUGGGUACUUUAGUAGUAAGAUUCCUUUGAAUUGGUCUGUUGUUGUGAAUAUUUGAUUUUGUGUUUUUGGGUCGGCGUGUGGAAUUUGUAGUAUUUGAUUUUUUGCUCUGUCAAUGGGCGCUUUGGAUGAGGGGCACUUCUUUGAGGAGGAGCUAGAAAAUGGAGUGAAGCUUGGACUGGGAGGUUGCGCUGAGCCAGAGACGCUGGCCGUUGAAACUGCCGUGAAGGUUCUUUUGCAAGGUUUGGGCGAAGAUGUCAAUCGCGAAGGUCUUAGGAAGACCCCAUUUCGCGUUGCCAAGGCCCUUCGAGAAGGAACCAGAGGUUACCAGCAGAAGGUGAAGGAUAUUGUCCAAGGUGCCUUAUUCCCCGAAGCGGGAUUGGAAAGCGGAACUGGUUAUGCUGGAGGAGUGGGUGGACUUGUUAUUGUUCGAGAUCUUGAUCUCUUCUCGUAUUGUGAGUCUUGUUUGCUUCCAUUCCAGGUUAAGUGCCAUGUUGGAUAUGUACCAUCUGGGCAGCGGGUUGUAGGCCUAAGCAAGCUGUCUAGGGUGGCUGAUGUCUUUGCAAAAAGGCUACAGAACCCACAGCAUCUAGCAGAUGAAGUGUGCUCUGCUCUGCAGCAUGGAAUCAAGCCAACAGGUGUUGCUGUCAUUCUCCAAUGCUUUCACAUUCACUUCCCAAAUUUUGAAUCAGCCUUCCUUGACUCAAGUCACCAAGGGUUUGUAAAAGUGCUAGUUACUUCAGGUUCGGGGGUUUUUGAAAAUGAUAAGGGCGACGUUUGGAAUGAUUUUAUGAGUCUCCUGAGAUUCAGAGGCAUAGAAGUUGAGAAAACCAAUCCAAAAGAGUCUGCUGAUAGAUGUUGGUGCCCGUCUCAAGCUAUGUCUAAGGUGGAACCGGCCAAUUCAGAAAUGAUUGCCGCUGUAGCUUCAAUUCUUCAGUCCUUGGGUGAAGACCCCUUACGGAAUGAGCUUCUAGGAACUCCUACUCGCUUUGUGAAGUGGCUAAUGAAUUUUAAGAACUCUAAUUUGGAGAUGAAACUGAAUGGAUUUGUUCUUGGUCGAGCAGAUGCUCUUAAAUCCAGUGGGGGUCUGAGCUUUUGCCAAGACAUCCAGUCAGAGCUAAACAUGCCAUUCUGGUCCCAAUGUGAGCAUCAUCUACUUCCUUUUCACGGUGUUGUGCAUGUAGGCCACAUGUGUACUCAUGGAGUCGGCCCCAUUGGGAAGUCUCUUUUACAGUCGAUAGUGCAUUUUCACGGUUUCAAGCUCCAAGUACAGGAAAGGCUCACCAGACAAAUAGCUGAGACAGCUUCACCAUUGCUUGGCGGAGAUGUAAUGGUGGUGGUAGAGGCCAACCACACUUGUAUGAUCUCUAGAGGUAUCGAGAAGUUUGGAAGCAGUACCGCUACAAUUGCUGUCUUGGGCCGCUUUUCAACUGACCCUGCAGCUAGAGCAAAAUUUUUGCAGAGCAUCCCCAACUCUCCUGCAGCUGGAGGCUGAAUCUUAUUAGCUUCCGUGAUUGCCGGCAUACUAAAGCUUUCUUUCUUCAGCACUCAGGGGUCUUCUUCAGGUUGUGGCACAGGCACAGACAAAAUUCAUAAAGCCCAUCUCACAAAUGAUUCAGAGAAUAGUGGUGGGUCUUGCUCCAAGUUUUGUUUGGAGUAGUUGAAAGGGGUUUAUGUCAAUUUAAUUUUUUCCACUUCUGCUUUGCAGUCUUUGCCAACAAAUUUGGCAGCGAUUACUUCUUACAUAUAUGCUACCUUCUUGCUGUUGAAAUUUCA